GAAGCUGGAAGAAUCAAGUUCGAAUUAUUUGCCGAUGUUGUUCCAAAAACAGCCGAAAAUUUCAGACAAUUUUGCACUGGAGAGUACAAGAAAGAUGGAAAGCCAAUAGGUUACAAGGGGGCCACAUUCCACAGAGUGAUCAAAGAUUUUAUGGUACAAGGAGGUGACUUUGUCAAUGGGGACGGAACUGGAAUGACCAGCAUCUACGCAGGGCGGCCAUUUGCAGAUGAGAACUUCAAAUUGAGACACGAAUGCUCGGGUAUCUUGUCCAUGGCGAACAGCGGGAGAGACACAAACGGCUGCCAGUUUUUCAUCACAUGUACAAAGACAGACUUUCUUGAUUUGAAGCAUGUUGUAUUUGGUAAAAUCGUGGACGGCCACCUAGUGUUGAGGAAGAUAGAGAACGUUCCUGUGGGCCCCAACAACAAGCCCAAGAUCCCGGUCACCAUAUCAGAAUGUGGGGAGAUGUGACACCCACAUGCCACCCACUUUAUACUGGUUGCUUGUUUGCAUCAUCCUCACCCUCCUAUUCACAUUGCCAUUUGAAUAAACACACAGUCUUAGGAACCAUGUCAAUUUUUAA